CGCAAAGCACUAUGGGUAUGAGGUCAUAGACACAUUCAGUGUCACCAUGGGCCGCUACAAAGAGUUCCUGCAGGGACGGUGCGCCUGCCAUUUUCAUGAGGUUGAAAAGCUGUCGUUCUCCAAGGCUCCGCUACACAGGAAGAUGAAGCUCCUUCGACACGGCGAGGAACCUGGAACCAGAACCAGUGGAACUGGAACCGGGUUCAGUGAUCAGCCCACCCUGCAGCACCAGGACCAGUGGGCGGGGUCUAACUCCUCCACCUAUCAUGUGAGAGGAGCGGUGAACCAGGUGUACUCGCAGAUCCUGCUGAGCAGACUGUGUGUGAGAGACACGGGAAACUAGACCCACCCCUCACCACCACUGACUGUGUGUGAGUGUGUCUGUGUGUGUGUGUACUUGUGUCCUUGCGGACUAACGUGCAUGUGUGUGUCUCUGU